CCCUCCUACGCCUCUCCUCCCUCCCUCCCUCAUCACACGUCGAAGGCGGCCAAAGGUUCAGACGCUUCCGGAAAGUCCUCGGCCCCGCCCCCCGAGGGGAAAGGGAGAAGAGGAGCUCGGCCGCCUUCCCGCCUCCAAUUCAGGGUAAUGGGUGACGGAUUUGUUUUCUUGCCUCCGGGUCGACUGGUUAGAUGAAGGGGAAGACAUUGAGAGGGAGAGAAAACUGCGGUAGAGUAUCCGGUGGCAGGAUGGAUUCUGGCCUUCAGAUGCAGGGAGGUUUUAAAGCGACUUAGACAUGUGAUUACUCAUUGGUCUGGUGGAGGAAGAGUUUCAGUAUCUGCACUGCAUGAAGCAUAGCCAGUAUCAGCAUGAUGGCAAUUAUACCGUGUGGAGGUACUUCAGUACCUCAGUUGGGAGAACAGCCUCAAUUAAUGUUCAGAUACACGCCUCAAGUAGCAAAGGCAUGUUGCUUUAGUAACAAGCUUCUGAUGCCCCAACCCGGUACCUUCAACAAGGAAAAAUAUUUGGCAUCAUCAUGUGCCAGUUUCUUUGCCCCAGUUCCUGCUUCUGCUCUAUUCAAUAGUUGGGCAUGUCAAAAUCUUCGACGUACUAGGGGGGCAAGACUUGUAGUCAGAGCUGAUAGCGAUUAUUACUCUGUUUUUGGCGUGUCCAAAAAUGCCAGUAAAUCAGAAAUCAAAAGUGCUUAUCGGAAGCUUGCGAGGACUUAUCAUCCAGAUGUAAACAAAGAACCUGGAGCAGAGCAAAAAUUUAAGGAGAUUAGCAAUGCUUAUGAGGUGUUGUCAGAUGAUGAGAAGCGAGCUAUGUAUGAUAAAUAUGGAGAAGCUGGUCUCAAAGGCGCUGGCAUGGGCAUGGGGGAUUUCACUAACCCAUUUGAUCUCUUUGAGUCGUUGUUCGAAGGCAUGGGUGGAAUGGGUGGAAGCAGAGCUGCUCGUAAUCGGCCAAUGCAGGGUGAUGAUGAGAUCUAUAAUCUUGUCUUAAAUUUCAAGGAAGCAGUCUUCGGAGUGGAGAAAGAGAUUGAAAUAACAAGGCUAGAGAAUUGUGGGACCUGUGAUGGGUCUGGUGCCAAACCUGGUACCAAGCCGAGCAAAUGCGACACUUGUGGUGGUCAAGGCCAGGUUGUAUCUUCUGUUCGGACCCCACUGGGUGUAUUCCAGCAAGUCAUGACUUGCUCUACUUGUGGUGGGACUGGAGAGUUCUCCACCCCUUGUAACACAUGUAGAGGGGAUGGCCGCGUGAGGCGGACUAAGAGGAUCGGUUUGAAAGUUCCAGCUGGAGUAGACUCUGGUAGCCGGCUGAGGGUCCGAUCAGAAGGGAAUGCUGGAAGAAGAGGUGGCCCUCCUGGAGACCUAUAUGUAUUUAUUGAGGUUCUCUCUGAUUCUGUGCUCAAGCGGGAGGGGAAUAAGAUAUUUUACACAUGCAAGGUAUCAUAUAUUGAUGCAAUCCUUGGGACCACAGUUGAGGUGCCAACAGUAGAUGGAAUGGUGGAUCUGAAGAUCCCAGAAGGGACCCAGCCAGGCACUACACUGGUGAUGGCAAAGAAGGGAGUCCCCUACCUUGGGAAGCCAAAUAUUAGGGGUGAUCAGUUGGUUCGGGUGCAGGUGGAGAUUCCAAAGAGACUGAGCAGCGAAGAGAGGAAACUGAUCGAAGAGCUUGCAAAUCUCAGUGAGGCCAAGACUGCAAACAGUCGGAGAUAGUUGAGAGAUCACUUUAUCCUCUCAUAAAUUUUGGAUUUAUUUGAUCUCCCACUAGGCUUGUGGUUUCUUAAACAAGUGUUAUGCCAACCACUGAUACAAGGGGGGAAUUCAGACAAUGAGUUUGGGACAUUCUCGGUAUGGUAUACAUUUUUGUUGCAUUAGAUGAUUUAGAAAGAAAUGAAAUAGGGUAGAAAAGUUGGGGGUUGUUGGAGAGACCCAGUCAUGCCUGUAUUUAAAGUUGAGGUAUUUUGGUAAUUUGAUAUGUUCCUGUUAGAAUUU